AAUAAAUUUCAGAGUUUAAUUUAUACAUCUCUAUUUUUUUAUUCAGUGAUACAGUACAUGCUGAUAUUUGAUUGUUAACCUUGCAUCAUCUUAGAUAAAUUAAAAAAAUAAAAUAAUAAAAUAAAAAACUAAGAAACAUAAGAAAUCAAUUUAAUAAUAAGUAUUAUAGCCAAGUGUUUGUGAUUCUAAGAAAGUUAUAAAAUGCGAUUGUUGAUAAAAUCAAUAAAUUCACAAUUAUUACCGGUAUUUCGUCAGCGUAUGACAGUAAAUAGAUAUUCAAAUUUAUCAAUUAUAAGAAGACCUAUAUCUACUGUUAAAAAAAUAAAUUGGCUGGAAGUUAGCAAUAAAACAGAUGGGAAUGUCAUCAGUAGUUACAAGAGAAUUGCAUGUUCCACGACUUUACGUCAAUUUUCGACUAAACAGCCAGAUAAUGAGGAUCCACCACUGGAAGUCGAAGCUGAGCCAGCAUCAGAAGGGUAUCCAGCUACGUUACCAGCGACAGUUGUCGUUCCAGAAGUGUGGCCUCACGUACCAGUAAUAGCAAUAAGUCGUCACCCAGUGUUUCCUCGUUUUAUCAAACUUAUAGAGCUAACAAACCCGAUUUUAAUCGACUUGAUACGCCGGAAAGUUAAACUGAAUCAACCUUACGUCGGAAUAUUUUUAAAAAAGAACGAAGAAAACGAAGCAGAGAUUGUAAAAAGCGUUGACGAUGUCUAUCCCAUUGGAACAUUCGCUCAGAUCCACGAAAUCCAAGACCUGGGAGAUAAGUUACGUCUGGUCAUCAUGUCUCACCGCAGGAUAAAAAUAGUAAGCCAGAUGAUCGAAGACAUUAGUGAGAAACCACCCCAAGACGAGCCGGUAGCUGAACCUAAAAAAUCGCGUCGUUAUGUGAGGAGCAAAAGAAACGAACUCAAAGUUGAUCCCGAGGAAAAGUUAACUCUUGAAGAAGUUAAACCUGAAAUUGUAGAUGUAGCUGGUGAAACUGAUACCAAAGCUCCAGUUACUCCUGCCGCUGCUCCAACUGACGCUCAAACACCUCCAGUUCAAGCGAUUCCGAUGGACGGGUCUCCGCAACCACUUCUCAUGGCUGAAGUUAUCAAUGUUACUCACGAGAAGUUCCGGCACACUGAAGAAAUUAAAGCUCUGACGCAAGAAAUAAUAAAAACUAUUCGUGAUAUAAUCAGCAUGAAUCCAAUUUAUCGGGAGUCAUUGAAUCAAAUGCUGCAUCAAGGAACACGAGUUGUUGAUAAUCCUGUAUAUUUAAGUGAUUUAGGAGCGGCGUUAACUGGCGCUGACGCUAAAGAACUUCAGGAAGUUCUCGAGGAAUUAGAUAUUUCCAAGCGACUGCGUCUCUCUUUGGCUUUAUUGAAAAAAGAGUACGAACUGAGCAAGCUCCAGCAGAAAAUAGGCCGUGAAGUUGAAGAAAAAGUUAAACAGCAGCACCGUAAAUACAUCCUGCACGAGCAAUUGAAGGUAAUAAAAAAGGAGCUGGGUCUUGAGAAAGAAGACAAAGACGCCAUUGAAGAAAAAUACAGAGAAAGAAUCCGUGAAAAAGUCGUCGCUAAACCGGUGAUGGACGUAAUCGAAGAAGAAUUAACAAAGUUAAGUUUCCUCGAGAAUCACAGUAGUGAAUUCAAUGUCACGCGUAAUUAUUUAGACUGGUUGACCUCUUUGCCCUGGGGAGUUACCAGUCCGGAGAAUUUGAAAAUUCAGGAGGCUUCAGAUAUCCUCGAGCAAGAUCAUUACGGAAUGGAAGACAUUAAGAAACGUAUUCUGGAGUUUAUAGCCGUCAGUCAGCUCAAGGGGACUACCCAGGGUAAAAUUAUGUGCUUCCAUGGUCCUCCAGGUGUCGGAAAGACCUCGAUUGCGCGAUCAAUAGCUCGCGCGUUGAAUCGCGAGUACUUCAGAUUCAGCGUCGGGGGAAUGACUGACGUGGCUGAGAUCAAAGGACACAGGCGUACUUAUGUCGGCGCAAUGCCUGGUAAAAUAAUCCAGUGUCUAAAAAAAACCAAAACUGAGAAUCCUCUGGUGUUGAUCGAUGAGGUUGACAAAAUCGGCAAAGGCUAUCAAGGAGAUCCUGCUUCAGCUUUGCUGGAGAUGUUGGAUCCAGAGCAAAACGCGAAUUUCCUCGACCACUACCUAGACGUACCAGUUGAUCUAUCAAAGGUUUUAUUUAUCUGCACCGCGAAUGUCGUAGACACUAUUCCUGAGCCGCUGAGAGACCGUAUGGAGAUGAUUGACAUGUCUGGUUAUGUUGCGGAGGAAAAAUUAGCAAUCGCCAAACAAUACUUGAUUCCUCAAGCCAUGAAAGACUCGGGACUCACUACUGAGCAAAUAACCUUCGAUGAAUCAGCUCUUUCUAAGCUCAUAAGAGCCUACUGCCGUGAAUCAGGUGUUAGAAAUCUUCAGAAGCAUAUCGAGAAAGUGUCGAGGAAGGCCGCGUUUAAGGUCGUCAAACAGGAAGCUGAGAAAAUAGAAGUUACUAAGGACAAUUUGACUGAUUUCGUAGGCAAACCCAUCUUUACACACGACAGAAUGUAUGACAUAACGCCUCCAGGUGUGGUGAUGGGUCUAGCUUGGACCGCGAUGGGUGGCUCUUCCCUGUUCAUUGAAACCUCUAUCAGCAAACCCUUCACUGCUAAAAAAUACGAGGGUACUUUGGAACUCACGGGACAUCUUGGUGACGUUAUGAAGGAAUCCAUGAAGAUAGCGAUGACAGUAGCUCGGAAUUUUUUGAAGAAAAUAGACCCUGACAAUACCAUUUUGUAUGAUGCUCAUCUGCAUCUUCACGUACCUGAGGGAGCGACUCCCAAGGAUGGACCCAGCGCUGGUGUAACCAUCGCCUCGGCUUUGAUUUCUCUUGCCAGAGGACAACCUAUCAGACAAGACGUCGCCAUGACUGGAGAGCUCAGUUUGAUGGGCAAGGUUCUGCCUGUUGGUGGAAUCAAGGAGAAGACUAUCGCGGCGAAGAGAGCCGGAGUUAAGUGUAUAAUUCUACCGGAAGAAAAUAGAAAAGACUUUGAUGAUCUUGCUAAGUAUAUCACUGACGGUCUGGAGGUACAUUUUGCCAGCACUUAUCAAGACGUAUACAAAGUUUGCUUUGAUGAUAGUCAGCAGUCCAGCCCUGUUAAAGACUCUACGGGGUUUGACUUUCAUACCAAGCCCCAAGCUGCCUCUAUUCAUGCGAAAAACGCGUAGUGACUGUUUUUUUAAAUAAAGACUUUGACAAUUAAGUUUAAAGAAUAACUAUUAACAGUUGAUGCAAUUCAUCUGACGUUAAGUACAUCACAAAUUAUUUAGUUUGGAAUCCCGGAAAAAAUUUUGAAGUUUUGAAAAAUUCAAAUUAUUUCAUUAAAAUUUUUAUAAAAUAAAAAUAUUUUUUUUUUAAACAAAAAAUGAAGCGAUCAUUCUGGGGGUGCUUGUUUUUCAAGAAAAUUGUGGGGGUGGAUAUUAUAAUUCUUAUUUUAUAAUAAUUUUAAUGAAAUAAUAUGAAUUUUUCAUAACUUUAAAAUUUUUUCCGAUUACCUUUAGUUUGUAUACAUUCCUAAAAGAAAAAUUAUCUUCUGGUUAUACAACGAUUUAAAGAAGACCGACUAGACAGUGAAUUGCGCAUAAAAAUUAUUUUGUAAAUAUGUUUAAAAGAAUAAAUAAUAAUAAUUAUUAA